UAUUCAUCUCUGUCUUGGUUUGAGUUUCGAGCGACAACAAACCGACAAUCGAGGGCACUCGUGUCUUUUGUACAAACCCGUCGUAUAUAAUACCAUUAUCUUACUCUCUGGUAUUCAGUUUCUUUGGUUUCCUCGACCUCUUUUGCGCAUUUCGCUCCUAUUUUCUGCCGAAUUUGCACAUUUAAUCUGUCCACACGCGUCUCUGGCUGGGUCGACAAACUCGUGUUUCCUUCUCUCAUUUAUUAUCUACAAAGGUGCUCUCCACAGCAACAUCAGCACGAAUUGCAGCCCUUACCUAUCUUCUUUUCUCUCUCCCCCUUUUUUUUUUGGUGUCCAUCAGCGACUCCUCUUGUGCAGGAUGGUAGCAGUUGCUGGCUAUAGAGAGGGGCAAUUCUAGGAAAACCUUUGGCAGUUCGCCUUCCUUACCAAUACGGCGGUUGUACCUUGCCUUAGAGUUUGAGGCAAAGUCAUCAGCCGCAACCAUGGCUUCUCCUCAUCUCGUCGCCAUCGUCGCAGGAAAACCUGACACCAUCGACUUGACAGGAGACAGUGAUUCAGACUAUGAACCACAUUCUCUGGUGCCUCUAAAUCGCAACAACACUACUACGGCGCGCUUCACCCCCAAUUUUUCUAUUUCAAGUGAGCGCCCAUCAUCAACCAACGCUCCCGUCAGCCCGCCCAAGUUGAAUAGAUCUACGAGCUCUACCGCCGUCAGCCAGGACAAACAGCCCUCCGCCUCUGCUGAGCCGCCACGCCCAGCAUCUUCAGUCCUCAAGCUGAGCCAGAAGGUGACCACGAUAACGGCUAAUUCUGAUGACGCCCAAAGUAUGGCAAAGCUGUCUAGUGUUACAGCCUCCAACUUGGCAUCUCGUCAGGUGACGCCCACGCCUGAAAAAGACGCUUCAAAAUCAACGCAACAAACCAAACCGGCAUCUCCUAAAUAUCAAACGCCUAAGAAGCAGGAAUGGGAUGUCGCUGCUAUUGCCGAAAAGCUGACACAGUUUCGCCAAGAUAUCAAGGAUGGACACAGUCGCAUGACCUCUUAUAUCAUUGAGUCCACCAAGCCUAAUGAACGUCGUGUUCUCACAGGCAAAAACCUCUUCGCCGGACUUACAAACAAACCUGUCCCGUCCAAGAAGGGAGAAACGAUGAGAAUCAAAUCCAAAGAACACACGAAGCUUAAGAACAACAAACGUGAGGAUCACUACAGCAUCGUACGCAUCCAGACAGAUGAAGAGCGUGUUCCAAGAUACCGCUUUCAUCACGUGGAAAUCAAAAAGAAUAUUCUUACUCCUAACACAAUGCUAACCUUUGUACCCCACUUGAGGGAUCUUGAGACCUCGGAAGAGUACAAAUACAAUGUUUGGUUGCAAGAAUUGGAGGAUAUUGACCGCAAAUCUGGCUUUAAGCCCAUGAGUCGCGAGGAAAAAGUGCGCAUAGCAGUGCGCUCCGAGUUUGCAUCGACUGUCUUGUUAUAUCUUGGCACUUGGCUGGACAAGCUCUCAUUACCUGGUUGUAACAGAUCAGCUCUUAUUCGCUACAUGGCAAGUCGAGAACCUGACGACGCCAUCACGCCCCGACAGAAGUCAGACAUUCUCAACUCACAUCGCCCUGCCGAGUCCACCACACCACCUGAGGCAAACAAAGCCGCCAACAUGUUCACGGAAGCCUUCCGCCGCGUCUUUCACCAGGGCCAACCCCCAACAAAGCAGAUUGAGCUCCGCGACGUCUUGCUUUUGGAUGAGUCAGUCGACAGCAUCAUGGAAACCAAGCCCACAGCCAAGGAUGGCUCCAGCACACAGCACGAAAACGAGCAUGAUGCUGUCGAGUAUUGGCUGGGAACUUAUUCAAUUCUCGGUUGCCUCAUCUGCUUCAGUCAUUCCUGUGAGCACGGCGAAUACGAUGCCCAGAAUUGCAAGCGCACCCUUUCGAUUCUUCCCCGUCUUUCGGAUACUCUGAAGCGGCGACGUCGCCUCCCCUACAGUGCAGCUGAUACGGUUAAUGGUAAUGGCCCCUUAUCCCCACUCUGCAAACGUAACUGCUAUCGGAGCUCGCCCCGGCCUGUUGCUGCCUCAAUCCAGAGGCCCUGGGAUGAAGAGGAUCAUUUUAUCCUACGAUCUACGGUUGCGACCGCCGACCGCAGCAAGGUUACGAAAGAUCCCUUCUGCUUGGUUGCCCAGCUCCUUGACCGGGAUUGCAGUGACGUAUUUAAUGAAUAUCAAAAGUUGAAUGUAUCCAUGUCUCCAGUUGAGCCAGCAAACAGAUUGCAAAUCCGGACGGUCAGCUGGUACGAUCGUUUCAAAAAGACGCUCAUCGGUGACUGGGAAUCCCAUACCAAAACCCACGAACAUCAAAAACGCGAACUCUCCGAACCUUGUAAUCAUGAAGGACCUUGUACUUCGGAAAGUUGUAUUUGCGUUCAGCAUGGUGUUCUCUGCGAGAAGUUCUGCGGCUGCACGGUGGAAAAUUGCGCCUACAAAUUCACAGGCUGUGCCUGCCACUCGCAAGGCAAAACUUGCCUCUCAAAAGGAAAGGAAAGGCCAUGUAUCUGUGUGCAGCUGAACCGCGAAUGCGACCCAGAUGUUUGUGGUCGAUGCGGGGUGGUUGAGAGAGCCGAUCCUGAGAAUGCUGAUAAUGAAGUUCUUCAUUCUACCGGCUGUCAAAACUGUUCGCUGCAGCGGGGCCAGGCGAAGAGCCUUGCUUUGGGCGAGAGUCAACUUGAGGGAGUCGGGUAUGGGUUAUUCACUAUCGAGGAUAUCGCACAGGACGAUUUCAUCAUCGAAUAUGUAGGUGAACUGAUCACCCACGAUGAAGGAGUGCGACGAGAAGCCAGGCGUGGCGACGUGUUCGAUGAAGAAUCAAACAUUUCGUACGUAUUUACUCUGUUAGACAACGAAGGUAUUUGGGUGGACGCUGCGACAUAUGGUAAUUUGAGUCGCUACAUCAACCACGCAUCAGAGAGCGACAAGCGCGGGUGCAACAUCACCCCACGAAUCCUUUACGUCAAUGGCGAAUACCGCAUCAAGUUUACAGCCAUGCGUGAUAUCAAGGCUGGAGAGGAAUUGUUCUUCAAUUAUGGUGAAAACUUCCCCAACCUGACAAAGAAGCUGCUCGACCAUAAGGUGGGAGGGAAGUCUGACCAGGGUAAAAAACGAUCGCGACGGCCCAACGGAGAAGGGGUCGCACGGAAGAAUCCAAAGACGGAUAAGAAGAAGCCCGGAAAGGGAAAGAAGCGUGCCCAAGCAGUUCUCGAUGAAGACGACAUGCUGGCGGAUACGCUUGGUUUCGCUCCAAAGCCUCUCCGUAAGCGUAAGAAGGGCCCAUUUGAGGAGGACUCAGAAGAAGAAGAGUAUCACCCGACUGGCACUGAUGCCUCCAUCAUGGAAACACCUUCAGAUGGAGAUUCGGAUUUUGGAAAUUCAGCAGCAAGACUGCGAAAACGAGCGCGACAAGAUGGCAAGGGAGCAGCGUCGAGCCAUAAUGGCAAACCACGAGGAGAUUUAAAGACACGCGGCAAAAGAGGAGGCGCCAGACCAGGAAGUGGUCGGCCGAGAAAGUAUCCACGAAAGCCGACUUCAGCUCCGACGUUGGAGCAUCCUUCAGCUUCGGAAUCGCAAGAUCGAGAGGACCCAGAAGAACGCCAGAUCGUGGCUGCAGACACCAUCGUGCCAGCUGCACUGCAACGGCCACAGCCAGUGGAAAUCAAUGACAGCAUGGAAUACGUCACUUUUUCAGAGGAACGCACUGAAGAAUCCAGGCUGCUCCAGAGCCAACUAGAGGAGGACAACGAUGAAGACGACGACGAUGAUGACCAAGACGUGGUUGUGCGGUCGCGCGUUGAUCGAGGUGUUAGAAACCGGCGCCCAACAGCCAAGUUAAGAGAUGACGGAGACUGGAUAAGCGGGAGUCAAUAAUAUAGAGGGUCUUCCAAGGUGGCUUGGCUUCAUUGUAAGAUAAUGGUGACAUCGCAAACAUACAGUCUUGCACAAACUAGGAUGGAAAUUUCUGGGUUUGGGUGGGAAACAGAAAGGCUUGGUAUUAGUUGGGAGACAGUUGUUGUAGUAGUAUUACAAAAUAUAUGAGUCUCAAGGACGCAAUUGGCUUUG